AUGUCGGAAGAGCAAACCAUCCGAGAGGUCAUGGAGAAGGUCCAGCCUCCACAGCUCCCUCCCCAUCGCUCUCACGACCCAUCCAACAACUUGAAGCGCAGUGAUCCAUUCCAAUUCGGCUCGCGCUACCUCGAGCAAGGCGAUAACGUAUUCGAGUUCAACGCAUGGGACCACGUCGAACCAGAUGACGAAUUCAAGGAAUUCGCUGAGACCCAGUACGAGAAGCAGCGUGCUGCACCAGUCUCCGAUUUCGACAAGAACCGGUUCAACAAUGACCCCGCUAAGUGGUGGAAUCUAUUCUACAAGAACAACACGGCAAACUUUUUCAAAGAUCGCAAAUGGUUGCGCCAGGAGUUCCCGGUUCUGGAUGAAGUGACAAAGAAGGGUGCCGGUCGCCAGGUCGUCCUGGAAGUUGGCGCGGGUGCAGGUAAUACUGCUUUCCCGUUGAUUCGGAACAAUGAGAAUGAGGAGCUGAUGGUUCAUGCUUGCGACUUCUCCAAAUAUGCGGUUCAGGUGAUGCGCGAGAGCGAAUACUACAAUCCCAAGUACAUGGUUGCCGACGUCUGGGAUGUGGCUGCCGAGCGCACCGAGACGGAGGACUCUUUGCCCCCUGGUUUGACCGACGGCUCGGUUGACGUGGUUAUCCUAAUCUUUAUCUUUUCUGCCCUCAAUCCGAAGCAGUGGGAUCGUGCGCUCCACAAUAUCCACCGUCUGUUGAAGCCCGGUGGUCGAGUGCUGUUCCGUGACUAUGGCCGUGGAGAUCUCGCCCAGGUCCGCUUUAAAAAGGGACGGUAUAUGGAAGAAAAUUUUUAUGUCCGAGGCGAUGGAACACGGGUUUACUUCUUUGACAAAGAGGAACUGGUCAACAUUUGGAGUCGAUGGACCCCUGAAAAGGGCUUACAACUGGGAUCUGGAGACGAACCUUCAGAGACUCAGCCCGCGGAUGCCAACGCCCCCUUCGAGGUUGUUCACAUGGGAGUUGACCGACGUUUGCUUGUCAACCGCUCCAGCAAGGUGAAGAUGUACCGGUGCUGGAUGCAGGGUCACUUCCGAAAGCGCGAGGGUCCUGCUGCCAUUGGCCAGGAUGAUGCAUGA